CGAGGCAGGAAGGGCGGCCGGGCCGGGACUGCUCAGUGGGCCUCGGCCCCUCAAACCUACGACGGGACCCCCCUUCCCGGCCCGGCCCAGAUUCCCUGGGGCGGGCGCUCAGGGAGCAGGAAGGGGAGGGUCCAGUCCUUGCCCUUUCGGGACACCCGGGGCCAGACCACACCCGGCAUGCCUGCACAGCGCCCUCUGUGUGCCGAGCUCUGAGGCAGAUAACGAGGUUGGGACCUGCCUUAGGUUGCAGUUGAGUCGCACAAACAACGACUCAGCACGCCGGGUGGCGAGCGCGCUAAUGGAGACAAGGUCGGCGGCAUGCUGAUCCCCGAGCAAGGGCCGACCCCAGGGCUGGAGUCCGCAAGAUGGCAGGAUUUUCAUAGUGUAUCUAGUAUGAGUCCCACAUCUUGGCCUCUUAACCAACUUCAGCAGUCUCCUCUCUACUGGCUGGAGAAUAAAUGGGAUUUGCACGAAUUCCAAACUCCCUGAACUGAAACAUAGACUGCAGUGUUAACAUCCUUUUCUUCUGGUCGUCAAUAACAGCUCCUCAGAAAAUUAAAUGUCGUCAGAAGACCGAGAAGCUCAGGAGGAUGAAUUGCUGGCCCUGGCGAGUAUUUAUGAUGGGGAUGAAUUUAGAAAAGCAGAGUCUGUCCAAGGUGGAGAAACCAGGAUCUAUUUGGAUUUGCCACAAAAUUUCAAGAUAUUUAUGAGCGGCAAUUCAAAUGAGUGUCUCCAGAAUAGUGGCUUUGAAUACACCAUUUGCUUUCUGCCUCCACUUGUGCUGAACUUUGAACUGCCACCAGAUUAUCCAUCCUCCUCCCCACCUUCCUUCACACUUAGUGGCAAAUGGCUGUCACCAACUCAGCUAUCUGCUCUGUGCAAACACUUAGACAAUCUGUGGGAAGAACACCGUGGCAGUGUGGUCCUGUUUGCCUGGAUGCAGUUUCUUAAGGAAGAGACCCUAGCAUACUUGAAUAUUGUCUCUCCUUUUGAGCUCAAGACGGGCUGUGAGGGAAAAGUGCAGAGAAGGACAGCUCAAGCCUCUCCCAACACAGAACUAGAUUUUGGUGGUGCUGCUGGAUCGGAUGUAGACCAAGAGGAAGUGGUGGACAAAAGAGCUGUGCAGGAUGUGGAAUCAUUGUCGAGUCUAAUCCAGGAAAUCUUGGACUUUGAUCAAGCUCAGCAGAAAAAGUGCUUUAACAGUAAAUUGUUCCUGUGCAAUAUCUGCUUCUGUGAGAAGCUAGGUAGUGAAUGCAUGUACUUUUUGGAGUGCAGGCAUGUGUACUGCAAAGCCUGUCUGAAGGACUACUUUGAAAUCCAGAUCAGAGAUGGCCAAGUUCAAUGCCUCAACUGCCCAGAACCAAAGUGCCCUUCGGUGGCCACCCCCGGUCAGGUCAAAGAGCUAGUGGAAGCAGAGUUAUUUGCUCGUUAUGACCGCCUUCUCCUCCAAUCUACCUUGGACCUGAUGGCAGAUGUGGUGUACUGCCCCCGCCCAUGCUGCCAGCUGCCUGUCAUGCAGGAGCCUGGCUGUACCAUGGGCAUCUGCUCCAGCUGCAAUUUUGCCUUCUGUACCUUGUGCAGAUUGACUUACCAUGGUGUCUCUCCAUGUAAGGUGACGGCAGAGAAGUUAAUGGACUUACGAAAUGAGUACUUGCAAGCAGAUGAGGCCAAUAAAAGAUUUUUGGAACAGAGAUAUGGUAAGAGGGUGAUUCAGAAGGCACUGGAAGAGAUGGAAAGUAAGGAGUGGCUAGAAAAGAAUUCAAAGAGCUGCCCGUGUUGUGGGACUCCCAUAGAGAAAUUAGAUGGAUGUAACAAGAUGACAUGUACUGGCUGUAUGCAGUAUUUCUGCUGGAUUUGCAUGGGUUCUCUCUCUAGAGCAAACCCUUAUAAACAUUUCACUGAUCCUGCUUCUCCCUGUUUCAACCGGUUGUUCCAUGCUGUGGAUGUUAAUGGAGACAUUUGGGAAGAUGAGAUUGAAGAUUAGUUAACUCCUACUGCUCAAGAUUAUGGAAGUGGAGUGGUCUGCCCUAAUCUUUUGUCGAGUACACAAAGUAACCUUGCAGGAUAUUUAGGGAAUCAUUCAAUCACUCAUUCUAUGUAACAGAUAUGGAAGAACAGAUUUAUAAUUUCAUUUAGUACUGUUGAUUAAGGCACAUUCAUAAAUUUUUCAGUGUAACAAAAACUGAGAAAAAUUAUAAACCAAAGGUUUAGAAAAUGAAAACUAGAGAAUUUUAAAUAUUAUAAUGUCCUCCCAACUCUGAAUAGUUAAAAAUUAUAUAUUUAUUUUCUUUAGGUAAGGAGAAGGGUCAAGUUUUAAGCUUGCCGACCCUUUUGUCCUGAGAAUCAUCCCCUCUAAGGUGUUUCCAUUGGAACCCUCUCAUACUACUCCUUACAGUGUGGGUUGGUAGGAGCCUUAUUAAAGUUGUACUGAGAAUCCUUGCAUCCUCUUACAAGCCUGAUUUCAUUUCCUCCAUGUUACUCACAUUUCUUCCAACCUAAAUUUCUGUUGAGUUAGUUUUCCUUGGAGGGAGCGUUUUGCUCGAUAACCAAUUGGAUGGCCCAGAGUCUCUUUGAACUGCUUUUGAGAAUAGAAAUUUAUAGAUAAUUUAAAAAUAUUUUUACUUUUAACCUUGGGUGACACUAUGGGUCACUUGAUAUUUAUUAGUGAUUUAUAGUUCACUGGUUUUGAGCCACAUCUCUGGCUCAGAAGAAUUUUCAGCCCUUUUCAACUUUCCUGGGCAAUAGAGACUAGAUUCAAGGGUCUAGAUUCAAAAGGUUUUUGUUACCCUUUGUUCUACAUUCUCUCCCUUGACCCUUGCCCUUCAGUUAGUAAGGCCAAUUUUAAUAUUUACUUUAACAGCAGUUCAUGUUUUUAUUUCCUCUGCAGGAAUAGGAGAAAGCCCAAUAUAUUCCCAAACUGAACAAGCUGAACUUUACUGUCCACACCACUGUAGUUUCAACCCUAACUUUCUGGAUUCUUUUUAUUUAUUUUUUUUCUGUAAGGUAUUCUGAAUGUGGCUUCCUGUCCUUUUUGCCACAGCAGUGUUGUGGGGAAUAAUUUUGGCUUGAUACCUAGAUCUUGUUUCUGGGUUUUUGUUGGCUUUUUGAAAAAUUGUCUUUCCUUACGGUUUGAUGAGCGGCUUGGUAGCAAAAUUUUUUGGAAAAGAGGACAGAGGAAUUCAGCUGCAGCUUGUGAAUGUGUUCCUUUUUCCUACCUUGUCAUUGAAAAUUGGGGAAUUGCUUUUACCAUGUGGGGAAUGUGCUUUGAUCCAUAGAGUUAGCAGGGGUUGUGUUUCUGGAUUGUCAAUGAGGAUGCUUAAUCUUAAAAAUAAAAAUAAUAAAAACUGUCUUAUAAUUAGA